ACCGCGACGACAACGACGACGACGGCGGCGGCAGCGACGACGACGACAACGACGACGACGACGACGACGUCUGGUCACGCCGAGGAUGUACGUGGGCCACGCACAGGCUGGCGCGUUCGCUCGCACUUAGUUUCUCGUGUAGCAAAGCGGCGCGCAGACACGCCGCCGCGAGCGAGUGUCGUCACGGCGGUCUCGUGUGUGUCUUCCUGCCGACGAGCCUACGAAGAUCCCCACGAGGAUCCCACAGCUGAUUUGUACCACGCUACACGAGGGUAGACACCGAAAGAGACCAUGGACGCGGCGGAGCCGUCGACAGCGACGUACCUGGGCCUGGACUUGAGCACGCAGCAGCUGAAAGCUGUGGUGGUUGACGAUGAUCUCGCCGUGCUUCACGAGACCAGCGUGCAAUUCGACAAUGAUCUACCGGAGUUUAGAAGCUACGGAGGAGUCAUACAGAGCAAAGAGGUGCCUCACGUCGCGGUGGUGCCCUCCCUGAUGUGGGUGAAGGCCUUAGACAUGAUACUCGACAAAUUACGCGUGUGCGGCGUGGAUUUUAGCAAAGUAGCGGCCAUUUCGGGAUGCGCGCAGCAACAUGGCACGGUUUACUGGGGCAAAGGCAGCCGGGAUCGCUUGCAGCGCUUGGACCCCAUCAAAUUCUUGCACGAGCAAUUCGCCACGUCGUUUUCCGUGACCCAUUCGCCCGUGUGGAUGGACUCCAGCACGUCCAAGGAAUGUAGCGUUUUGGAGGAGAUCGUGGGCGGCCCUCACAGAUUGGCGGAGAUAACGGGCUCACGCGCAUACGAAAGGUUCUCGGGGCCGCAGAUAGCGAAAAUAGCGCGCACCAAGCCGGAAGCUUACUGCAACACUGAGAGAAUCUCGCUGGUGAGCAGCUUCCUCGCCUCCUUGUUCCUGGGCGAUUACGCGCCCAUCGAUUGGGCGGACGGCUCGGGCAUGAAUCUGUUGAAUAUCCGCACCAAAGACUGGGACGAUAUGCUGCUGGAGACUUGCGCGUCGGGGCUGAGAGAGAAACUGGGCGAGCCUGUCUCAUCGUGCAGCGACAUCGGCCCGAUCUCGCCUUAUUUUGUGGAAAGAUUCGGCUUCAACGAGAAAUGCCGGAUUAUCGCGCUCACCGGCGACAAUCCAAGUUCCCUGGUGGGUAUGAAGCUGAAACAAGGUGAUAUCGCUUGCAGUUUGGGCACGAGCGACACCCUAUUCCUGUGGCUGAACGAGCCCAAAGCCACAACGGACGGUCACGUAUUGUGCAAUCCCGUGGACGAUCAGGCUUACAUGGCGUUGCUCUGCUUCAAGAACGGUUCGUUGACGCGCGAGAGAAUACGGAACGAAGCCGCUCAGGGCUGCUGGAGGAUAUUCAACGAGUUGCUGGAUAAUACACCGCGAGGGAACUUUGGCAACUUCGCUCUGUACUUUGACAUGCAAGAGAUCCUGCCCUUUGUGAUCGGGGAUUACAGAUACAACAAGGCCAACGACGAGGUUUGGCGGUACAGCUCGAAGGAAGUGGAAGUAAGAGCGUUGAUCGAAGGUCAAUUCGUCGCGAAGAGAGCGCACGCCGAGGACUUUGGAUUUGUCGUCGGACCUAACACGCGGGUAAUCGCAACGGGAGGCGCGUCCACCAACAAAGCUAUGUUACAAGUUCUCGCUGACGUUUUCAAUUCUCCAGUCUACGUUUUGGAAGCAGCUAACUCGGCUAUGAUGGGAGCAGCAUAUCGAGCGAAACAUGGCUUGUUUCGGGAAAGCUGCAGUUUUGACGAGAUCAUUCGUUGCUUGCCAGAACUGACUCUCGUGUGCCAGCCUUACGACGACGCUGAAUCCAUCUACAAACCAAUGAUGAUACGUUAUCGCAAAAUUGUGGAUCAGAUACUCAAGAAGAAAAGUGAGCAGAAGCAUAUGUAAAUUUUGUAAAUAACAACAAAUUAUUCUAAAGAAAGAGGCCUUUCUCAAGCGAUGUAUCCUAACGGGAGUACGAGACGAUGGGCUCGCUUCGCUCUUCGAUAGGUACACGAUGGAUUUUUCUAUAUACAUAUUGUUAAAUUGUUAAUUAGGAUAUUAAGGUUUAUAAUGUACUUUAUCGGCGUAUCUCUUAUUCGCGCGAGCAACGCUUAUGCGAGAAUCUCUUGUGCAUUUUGUACGAAUGUGUAUAUCUUCGUCUCCGCGCACAUCAACUGAUAUUGUAAUAAUAUAUAAUCAUGCAUUUAUUUUUCGAAAGCUUUAUAAAUGCCAACUGACUGUUGCGAUAUACGAUAAAAGUAUUUGUAAAUAAAACAUCAAUUCUCUCAUCUCAAAUUAUUCGCGGCAAUUUAAUAGAUUUAUAAAAAUUUUAGGCUGAAAUAUUAUGCAAUAUCGAGAAAAAUCGAGCUUAGAGAUUA